CGCCUUCGCCUUCGCCUUCGCCUUCGCCUUCCCGACCUCGUCUGCCUCCUCUCUCUCUUGAUCUCUUCGAUUCUUCAAACUCUCCUCCUCCAUCAAACAAAUCCUACCUCUUACCACUUUAUAUCUCCACAUCAUCUCCUCUCCUCUCUCUCAAUCACCUUUCUUCAUUCCUUACGAAAGCCUUUCUUUCACGAGGAAUAUAGUUUGACGAGAUUAAUUACUGUCCCUUCUUCAACGGCCUCUCUACGCUCGAAGAAAUAGAUUCGUACAGCAACGACUCUCUUUUUUCGUCUUUAGAUUUCUUCUUCGAUCUUUUCGACGCGCUUUAUUUGAUCACCCCAGCGAUCUUGAAAGAGUACCCAGUACAGGCCGAUUAAUCAACCUCUCCAACAGCUCGCAGAUUCAGCAUCUACAGAACCAACGAAACUUCAGCUUACGAUCACCUCAAGACCACACAAUAUGGCUGAUCAACUCAACAUGAACGGACUCUCCCUGGGAGAGCAGCGCUCUUACAUCCCUCCCCACAUGCGUGGAAAGAUGGGCGGUGCUCCCCCAGCUGGCAUUCCCCAGGUGGAUGGGCCAGGCCCGGCUCCUGCUGCUGCUGCCAACGGUGGCGGAAUGGGCGCCAGUGCGUGGGCUCAACCAGCUCCAUCCAACGGCUUUGCCGCUGACGGACCUCGACCAGGCGGCGACUGGGCUGCUGCCCCUGCAUUUGCUCCCGGCGCACGUGGAGGAGCUCCUCCUGCACGCGGUGGCGGCAGAUGGCAAGACUCCCGCUCCGGCGGUGGUGGCUCAUUCGACCCCAAUGCAUACGGCAACCCUGCUGCCGGCGGUGGUGGCGGCGCUGUCUCCGCUCGUGGCGGUGGUGACGGACAAUGGAGGGAUGGCAAGCACAUUUCUGGCCCAGCCAACCCCCGUGUGGAGCGCGAGCUCUUCGGUAUCGCCGACGACCCAACCAAGCAACAGACUGGUAUCAACUUCGAGAAGUACGAUGAUAUCCCAGUCGAGGCUUCCGGACACGAUGUCCCCGAGCCAGUCCUCAAGUUCACCAACCCUCCUUUGGACGACCAUCUGCUCCGCAACAUCGACCUCGCCCACUACAAGGUCCCAACCCCAGUCCAGAAGUACUCCAUCCCAAUUGUCAUGGGUGGUCGCGAUCUGAUGGCUUGUGCCCAAACUGGUUCCGGAAAGACUGGUGGUUUCUUGUUCCCCAUCCUGUCUCAGGCUUUCAUCAACGGCCCAUCCCCAGCCCCAGCAGGUGCAGGUGGCAACUUUGGACGCCAACGCAAGGCUUACCCAACCUCCCUGAUCCUGGCUCCUACCCGUGAGCUGGUUUCCCAGAUUUACGAGGAGUCCCGCAAGUUCGCCUACAGAUCGUGGGUUAGACCUUGUGUCGUCUACGGUGGUGCCGAUAUCGGUUCCCAGCUUCGCCAGAUCGAGCGUGGUUGUGAUCUCCUCGUUGCCACCCCCGGUCGUCUCGUCGAUCUGAUUGAGCGUGGCCGUAUCUCCCUUUGCAACAUCAAGUACCUCGUCCUCGAUGAGGCUGAUCGCAUGUUGGACAUGGGUUUCGAGCCCCAAAUUCGCCGCAUUGUUGAGGGCGAGGAUAUGCCCGGUGUUCAGGGCCGCCAGACGCUCAUGUUUUCCGCCACUUUCCCGCGCGACAUCCAGAUGCUAGCCCGUGAUUUCUUGAAGGAUUACGUCUUCUUGUCUGUUGGACGUGUCGGUUCCACCUCUGAGAACAUCACCCAGAAGGUUGAGUACGUUGAGGAUAUGGACAAGCGCUCGGUUCUUUUGGAUAUUCUCCACACCCACGGCGCUGGUCUCACUCUGAUCUUCGUUGAGACGAAGCGCAUGGCCGAUUCGCUGUCGGAUUUCCUGAUCAACCAGAACUUCCCAGCCACCUCCAUUCACGGAGACCGCACUCAACGCGAGCGUGAGCGUGCCCUCGAGAUGUUCCGUAACGGUCGCUGCCCAAUCUUGGUUGCCACCGCCGUUGCUGCUCGUGGUUUGGACAUCCCGAAUGUCACCCACGUUGUCAACUACGAUCUCCCAACUGACAUCGACGACUACGUCCACCGUAUCGGUCGUACUGGUCGUGCCGGUAACACCGGUAUCUCCACUGCGUUCUUCAAUCGUGGCAACCGCGGCGUCGUCCGUGAUCUCCUCGAGCUUCUCAAGGAGGCCAACCAGGAGGUUCCUGCCUUCCUCGAGAACAUUGCUCGCGAGGGUGCUGGCUUCGGUGGCAGCUCCCGUGGUGGCCGCACCGGUGGCCGUGGACGUGGAAGCGGUGCCAACCGCGAUUUCCGUAAGCUCGGUGGCAGCGCCGUUCCAUUCUCCGGUGGCUUUGCUGGCGGCGCACCUGCUGCAUACGGUGGUGGCGGUGGUGGCUACAACGCUGCUCCCCAGGCUGCUUAUGGCGGUGGUGGUGGUGGUGGUAGCGGCAGCUACGGUGGCGGCGGUGGUGGACAGGGAUAUGGCGGCGGCAGCUACGGAAACCCAAGCGGACCUGGCGGCCAAUCCUCGUGGUGGUAAAUACUCCACUCGGGGCGACUCGUCUCUACUCUUCGGACUUUGAUGGCGACGCCGCACAGUACCUGCAAGACCGAGACUUGUGGAACUUAUUUCUUUUCGAUCGAUCUGUACUUGCUUCGAUAAUUCUUUUUGCUUUUUAUAUCUCAUUUUGCGAGAUUCGAUUUCACGAUGGCAGCAUUCACGGGCACACUGCACAGAGAGCAGACUUGUGAACUCGACCAUACACCGGCAUACGAUAGAUAGCGUUGUCUUUUGUUUCUGGCUGUCUCUUCACCUUUUUCUUGAUACCCAAAUACAUCAAGGAGCGAGGUGGCAUCAGGCAGGCUGCAUGAGAUAUCUGGGUGGCGCAAGGAUAGGCCAUCUGAUGCUUUCACACAAUGGGGAUAGGAGCCAGAGGGACAAAUCAUCUGGGAUUCGAAUUACGCAUUAUGACCGUCAUGUCAGCGCUUAAUCUCUCUUUUUAUUCGCACCGCGGCUUCGCUUACCAGAAGCGCUGUGUGGGACUUGCGAUUCUACUUUUUCCUUUUUCCUCGCAUAGACUGGCUGAAGUUUUUGUCGUCACGCUCUACCGGAUCAUAUGGGCUUCGAUCGUAGACAAAAGUGGAUUUUCAUUCGAUUUUCAACAACCGGGCCGGCAGACCCUGUUGCGAGCGGCGGAUCUCUUAACGCAUUCAUGGGAUCUUCUUCUGGGCGAUGCGGUAAAUAUAUUGGGCAUCGAAAAAUGUGCUAUUCGGCGGGCGCGUCUUUGAAGCAGGCAUAUUCCUUUUGUUCUCUAGAUAUGCAUAGAGGAUGGAGAGGAGCGUGCGGUACGACGCUAUGGCGCUGAUGGCAUUACGGAAGUGCUCCGGCCUCUUUGCACGCGUGAGGGCGGUGGCUUUACCCUUUCGGAGGGUUGGGGAUGUGCUGCACUCAUGUGCGAGGACUCGACGGGAUCACUUAACUUGGGGUAUCCGAAUUGAAACGUCUACGUA